CUUUUUUGAAAUAUCCAUAAUUAACAUUAUUUAAUAGCACGUGAUUGUAUGUGGUAGUAAGUGAUAGUAUGGUAUAGUAUAUGGUAGUGAGGGGGUUAAAUCGACGCGCCAUUACCUAGAUGAACGAUAACGGACGAUAACCGACAUUACAAGAUGGACAAAUUAAAGGUCUACUGGCCUUACAGGUUUGAAGUGCCUGAACCUAUCAGAAAGAACGUCUAUGUCAUUUUGACGGUGACAACUACUUGUGUGAUUGGAGCAGUUAUCUUAGGAAAACUUAGAAAGUCUAAGAAGCGAAAUCACAGGAUCAGGGACAAGAGAGACUCCUGCAGAGAAGCAUGUAGGAAGCUAGCGGAACAUCUGGAGCAAAAUGGCCUGACACUAACAGAGAGGAAUGCUAUCCUGGAGUUGCCAUUUGAAGAGCUCAGACAAAGGCUACAGGAUGGAGGACUUCGUUGUAUUGAUGUGCUUCAUGCCUACCAGUCAAAGGCAAUUCAAGUCAAUGAACACCUGAAUUGUGUUGUUGAACCAAUAUGGGAAGCAGAGGCUUUAGCACUGGAGAGGGAUAUGAGCACGAGAAGGAAAGGACCGCUUCAUGGUAUACCUAUCAGUGUGAAGGAAAACUUCUAUCUAGAGGGUUAUGACUGUACAGGUGGGAUGUCUGCCUAUCUUGACCUUUGUGUUACUGAGGAGAAUACUCUUAUAAAGGUUUUGAAGAAGCAAGGUGCCAUUCCAUUUGUGAGGACAAAUAUUCCACAGUCAAUGAUGACUUAUGAAUGCUCUAAUCCCAUCUAUGGUGAGACUAAAAACCCUUAUGACUUAACACGAGGACCGGGUGGAUCAUCUGGAGGCGAGGCAGCACUCAUAGCAACUAGAGGAUCCAUUUUGGGGUUCGGAACAGACAUAGGGGGCAGCAUUCGGAUACCAAGUCACUUCUGUGGCGUGUAUGGCUUGAAACCAACUGUAGGAAGACUAAGUAAACAGAAUAUGCUGCCAUUCCAAUGUGGUCAGCCCUUGAUUGGAGCAGUAGGAGGACCUCUAGCCAGUGAUGUGGAUGGUCUCGUCACUGCAAUGAAAUCACUACUAAUUCCAGCAAUGUUUGAUCAAGAUCCUACUUGUCCCCCAAUCCAGUUUAGAAAUGAGAUUUUUGAAGAGAAACGACCAUUGCGGAUUGGUUACUUCCUAGACAACGGAUAUAUUACACCUGUCCCUGCCUGUCAACGAGCUGUUACCAUGGCAACAGAAAUAUUGCAGGACAGAGGCCACACUAUUGUCCAGUUUGAUCCUCCAGACAUAAAGGAGUGCUUUGAACUCUACAUGUUGUCUACGUUUGGAGAUGGUGGAGAUUCCUUUGUUGAAAUAUUGCAAAAUGACCAGGUUGAUCCCACUCUCCAGCUAGCUCACCUCAGCCUCAUCCUACCAAAAUGGCUGAGCAUAUUAGGUGGCUGGGUUUUGUCAAAGUUUGCUGGUGACCGUAUGUUGUAUAUUAUCAAUAAGUGUAUGACAGGUGCAGGAUCUGUAUCAGAAUACUGGAAGGUAGAAGAAAGGAUUCAGGCCUAUAAAAAGAAGAUGUUGAGGAAGUGGAGAGCAAACAAGCUAGAUGUUCUCAUCUGUCCUGGCUUUGCCUUCCCUGCUGUCCGUAGCGGAAAUGUGUUUAAUGUCUUAGGUGGCGUCUCAUACACUGUAUUUUUCAACCUGUUGAAUUACCCUGCAGGCUCUAUGCCUAUCACUAAGGUGACAGCUGAAGAUGAAGCAAACCUGGCUGUGUACCCCACAAAGACCGGAUAUGAGAAGGAAAUAAAAAAGGACAGUGUUGGGUCUAAGGGUCUUCCUGUUAAUGUCCAGUGUGCAGGCUUACCUUACCAGGAAGAGCUGGUCCUUCGUGUGAUGAGAGAACUACAUGAAGAUAGGAAUAAAGCUUGAAGGUUUCAAAACUAGCCAACCCUUUAACUUACAAUUUUUGAACUUUUCAUUGUGGAGUUGUGAAUUCUGAAGAAUAUUAUUCCAGUGUUAAAUCAUGUGCAAUUUUAGAGUGAAAUCUGUAAAAAGGGUUUUUGUUGGCUCAGCCUUGUUACAUUAUACGUACAUUUCGAAGUUUUAUUUGAUGUACAAUGUUGUAGUAUUAUCGGUUGUGAAGCUUUCUUGAAUGUAUACUACAGACAUUCAUUGAAGAGAUAACAAGAUGCAUUUUAAUCACACAAGCUUUUAUCUGUACAGGUUACAGUCAAAUUUGUGAAAAUAUAAUAUUUAUUGGUAUUUACGCAUGGCAAUUAGGUCUGUGCAAGACUUCAAGAUAUAUGUAAAGUCAAAUUUCUAUCAACUUUUAACUUCGAUGAUUCAAAUUCCGUGAUGUAUCAAUUUUUUUGGCACAGUCCAGAAUUAUAUUCUUAUAUAUUACUACUAACUUAUCGCAUUAUGAACUGAACACAUUUAAUCAGUAACGAUAAUGGGACAUCGUGUGAUGUUCACUGCUACAAUUGCGGUGAUAAUUUAUAGUGAAGUCUAUUUUAUGGAAUUGUGUAAACAUAUGGAAGAAAUCCUGAACAUCAUUUUGAUGAUUCUGCUCAUUCUCAAAGCAUCACUUUUAAGCAUAAAAGCAUGAGAAACAAAGAGGUUUUAUCUGUCAAUCACAUCUUCUGUUGAUUCAAACUAGACGUCGUCAGAAUGUUGGUAAACACAUUUGUAAUUUUUACGACCAAAGAGAUGCGAUGUUAGUGCUGUCAUUCCUAGACAGAAUAUGUUAUAUAAAUUUGAUCUAUUAAAUUUAUUAGUGCCUAUAACACACUGCUAACCUGCAGACUGAGUCUGACUUCAAUCUUUUUCAAGUGAAGGAACACUGUUGUGUGUGAUAAUAUUUGAUAAAUGAGGAUGUUUCCUUGUAAAUUAACCUAUGCUGAUUUUGUUACAAUCUAUAUUUAUAUUUUAUUAAUGAUUUUGAAUUUUAGUUUUGAUGUACAUUUAGAAACAUAACACCAUUUCUUAAUGCUUUGAAGUAUUACGCAUGAAGGCAUUGAUACAUUUACCCAGUUGUAAAUACUCCAUAUUUGUUCUUGUUGUAUUUUAAAUAAUGUCACACUGGUAUUGGAUUGUUAUUUAGAUAUUACAAUUAAUUGGGAUAUAUGACCAGAUUAAACGGUGAAUUUCA